GCAAUUUCAUUUUUUUCGUACUAUUUAUGAUUUUUGCAUCCAAUAUGAAGUUCUACUGUACAAAUUGUAUGCUCAAAUUCAACUGGGAUCAAGUAAGUAGCGCUCUUUGGAGACGUUAUCCAAACCCAUUUAGCAGGCACGUGCUUUCGGAGGAUAUCAUAAGCAGGUCAUUAGUUGGAAACAAACUUUUUACCAAAAAGCUUACAACAAAAACAAACAGUCUACCAAGAUGGGCUGAAAGGUUUGUCAGUUCCAAAGUAGCAUGUAUUAUGGAAGAAUCUAUAGUGGAUCCUGAAGCCAAGACACUUACCACAUACACAAGAAAUAUCACCUUUACACGACUCAUGGUAGUGGAGGAAAAAUGUGUUUAUUCAGUUCAUCCAACUAACAAGGAAUGGACAACAUGCCACAGACAAUCCUGGGUUUCAUCUGGUGUGUUUGGUUUUGCAAGAGCAAUAGAGAGAUUUGGUAUAGAAAGAUACAAAUCAAAUGUGUCUAAGUCAAUAAAAGGUUUAAGUUAUGUUAUGGAGAAGCUGUAUAUUCCGGAAAAGCCUCCUUGCACACUUCCUAUUCCAGUGCCGCAUAUGAGCUGACAUGUGAUGUCAUUCUGCUGUCAUGAUCUGCUGUCUUGUUUGGAAGGAAACAGAAAUUCUGUGGAAAGCCAUUAUGCAAAAAUUAAUCGAUCAGUUUGCAUUAUGGAUUAUCUUGAAAUUCUUCUGCCUUCUACCAAAGAUUUAUGGCUACAUGAAAUAACAAACUUGUUUUGUAACUAAGUUACAUGUAACUAUGGUUGCCCUAAAAAGAAGGUGACCGCAACAUACAUGUACGUACGAGUAGUUUCAACCUGUCAGAUAGGUUAAAGAUGUGGGUUUGAUCCUUGCACUAUUUUAUGCUUGUACCAUCAAAAGAAGGAGAUCUUAUAUGGUAAAUUAUUUUUUCACUACAAAGUGCCCAUCUUCUAAAAUAGAUAAUAAUAUUAUACAGCUGAAAAAAACAAAAUGUAGGCUCACUUAAUAUACUGUCAGUGGUACUUUCCGUGGAUUACCACUAACAUUUCUGUUUCCUAUUGGGUUUUAUGGAGAAUUUCAGUUUUCCACAAUUCUUUGUCAGUCAGCAGCAUCAGGACUGGCAAUUUGUUGCAAUUUUUGUGCCUCAGACAAACUUGGGUUUUGAGUGGCCAGGCAAUAAUUAUUGGACCACAUUAAAAUAAAGAUCUCAAAAUGGUUGAUAAGUGGCACUGGCCAGAGAUAUUUAAAACAAAAUGGUUGAAGUUUGCCUGAUUUUAAGGCCAGUUCCUUCAAUCAGUUUUGAACUAAAUUAUCAUAGAUCAAAGAUUUCUUUAACUUCCAAGAGUGUAAAAGUUCAGAUAAA